AUGUCGUGGGAUCAAACUUCGUUUUCUCUUUCGCCACGCUCCAAGGGUUGUUACCUCAUCACGGACGAGGUUGUUAGAAGUGUGCCACAAAUAAAGAAUUAUAAAGUUGGUCUCUUGAACCUAUUUCUCCAACACACAUCUGCUGGUUUAACGCUUAACGAGAACUGCGAUCCUGAUGUCAGGGAGGAUAUGACCUCUUCUCUCGACAGAAUUGCGCCAGAGGGCGACUACUACAUUCAUGCGGAUGAGGGCCCCGACGAUAUGCCAGGACACGUUAAAAGUAGCACUGUUGGUGUCAGUCUCACCAUUCCCAUUCUGAACGGCAGACUAGCCACUGGCACUUGGCAAGGUAUCUGGCUCUGUGAGUUCAGAAGAUACAAACACAGCAGAAAAAUUGUGGCUACUAUCCAAGGCGAAAAAAAGUAA